GCCAACCCUGCGGCUUUGGUUUCUCAUAUCAUCUACUUGUUGUCUGCUGCACAGUCCGCCAUCUACUGCGUAUCGAACUGACCAUGUCUGCAUUCUUCGGCCUCGGCAAAACGCGUACCUUCAAACCGCGCAAGGACGUCCCGGAGGGCACGAAGCAGUACCAGCUGCGCAAGUAUGCCGAAGCAACGCUCGGCUCAGGCAACCUGCGCCUUGCAGUGCAGCUGCCGGAGGGCGAGGAUCUGAACGAGUGGCUCGCGGUACAUGCUGUGGAUUUCUUCAAUCACCUCAACAUGCUGUACGGGACAGUCACGGAAUUCUGCACGUCGCAGGAGUGUCCAAUCAUGUCCGCGGGUCCGCGAUACGAGUAUCUAUGGGAAGACGGUGUGCGGUACAAGCGUCCUACAAAGCUUCCAGCGCCCGAGUAUGUUGACGCGCUCAUGAAUUGGGCACAAGGGCUGCUCGACAACGAAGAAGUAUUCCCUAACAAGAUUGGUGUGCCGUUCCCCAGGAGCUUCCGAGACACAAUACGCACGAUGUUCCGGCGGCUGUUCCGAGUGUAUGCGCAUCUAUACAGCAACCACUUUGACCACAUAUGUGCAUUGGGUAUCGAAGCCCACCUCAACACCAGCUACCGACAUUUCUUCCUCUUCGUACACGAAUUUGAGUUGGUAGACAAGAAAGAGCUGGCUCCGCUGGACGAGCUGAACGAGGCCAUCCUCGCAGAAGACAAGUCGCGGUAGUCGGUUAACCUGUACCAGGUAGCUGAGAAUAGCGCGAUAUGGAUGCAUAUUGGGGUGACCGUAUUGGCGGGGCCGGCGGCCUGCGGGGGACCUUUGACCCCGAGAGCCAUUCGUCCCGUCGCCACGGUGGCACGGUGUGCCUAUCCGUCAUUGAUAUCUGGAGGACGAAUUGCCGAAAGUUGAGAAUCGGUAGCUGAUACAUACCCAUGUACUAUCACCAUCAGCUGUACUUGGAACUCUGAGGGUCGCUUGUUG